AUGGGCUGGACCAUUCUGUCAAUACAGGAUUCUUAUGCAAAUUUCACCUGUUAUGUUCAUAUGAAAUGUGAUCGUGGCUCGUUGCUCCUAUGUCUCGAUGGAGGCGAAGAUGAAAAGUAUUGUCUUGAACUACAUAUGAAUCAAUGUGCACAAAAUGAAUAUCAAUGCCGAAAUGGUAUGUGUAUCAGUCAAGUAUUUUUACUAGAAGUCGGUAUAAGUUACUCCCAAGAUUACGAAUGCUUGGACCAAUCAGACGAAUCUUCUGAGCCAGAUACAAUGAAACGAUGUGAAGAUACUGUUUGUCGAUUUCCUAACACGUUAAUAUGGUGCGAUGAUGAUUGUAUACCCUGGUCGGUACCAAAUGAAGGAUAUAGUUGUUACAAUAAUCGAGAUCAAGUUUUUAAUUACGAUUUUGAAUGGCACAAUGAACAGGUCACCCGAUUUUCGCGUUGUUUUAAAAUUGGCAUAUGUGCAUCAAACAUUUUCUCUGCAAAGGACUUUGACAAUUACUGUCAAAAAUGAUGUGAAAAUGUGAACAUAUGCAAAAUGAAUCUUGAAUAUUGUCCAUCUUACCUUUUUAAACCAGAAUUUCCUGUUUGGGAUGGACAUGUAAGAUUAGUUUCUUUUCCAAUCAAACUUUGAUGGAAAAGGGUUAUCCUCUAAUACCACAUUUCGUCUGUUAUGAUAAAUAUAAAUGUUCAUUUCUUAGUCCGACAUUUGAACUCAAUAAUAACUAUACAUGUAUACAUAUUCAUCAUUUGAACCUAUCAUAUCCAUUGGAUUAUAGUAAGAUUUUCAUUUCCUGUAUUCAAAAUUAUCAAAAUGUCAAUGAGAUGAAACUUAUUCUAGUGAAUAGGUGACUCAUAUCCGGCAGCCGUCCUUCUCUGCUAAGCGACGAAACUCAUUGUGAACAAUGGCCUUGUAUUAAUCAAUAUACACGCUGUAACGGCGUAUGGAACUGUCCACCGAGUUAUUAUGGCUCUCGUUGACAAUAUCAAAAUCAACGUGUCAGUUUUACUCUACGAUUUCGUAACGAAAAUUUGAAUAAACUUGACAUCAUGGGUAUUAUAAUUACUUUAAUUGAUAAUGCUGGUUUGAUUCAAUCACACGAACAAGUUACUUACAUACCGAUUCAUGACCACUGUCGUAGAGCGUGCAAUUUAAAACAUCGUGAACAACAAAAAGCUUGUUAAUAGAGAAUUUUGUCUUUGUCCAUUAGCAAAGAUGUCACCUCGAUGUUUUAUUAAGUCUAUUUGUCAAAAGAAUAUAUGUAUGAAUGGAGGUCUUUGUGUACCACAUAAUGAUCGG